GAAUGGGAAUGGAACAUGGAAUGAAAUUACAUAGUCAAAAUGGUAAAAUAAAAUAAUCGUCAUACCUAGGUACCACGCAUUUUGCAAAUUUUGGAAAAUUAUAUUUUGCCGUUGUUUUUCUACAAAUUCGAAACACAUACUAAUAAUCUAGAAACUUUUUUGGUAUUGAGUCAGCCAUGUUUCGACCGAUUUCAUCUAUCGGACGAAGGAUUUCACUCGAAAACCAAGCAAAGCAAAUCGUCAGAACCAAAGUGGUCCAUCCCGCUUCUAUCUUGAAGCCAGCAGAAAAAAUAAAACUAUACAAUAAAGAAAACAAAGAUCUAUUUGGGCCUUUGUUAGAAACAAGUAAGCAAAGGAAGAAACGAUCGCAGAAGCCUGGCAAUGCUAAAAAUAAAUCUCAUCAAAACAACGAGCAGAGUGAAAAUACGAAUAUUGAACGCGCGAAAAAUGCAGUUGAAAGGUGUGUGCUAACAGGAUACAACAAUCUUGUUUUCCCUUCAUCCAAAAUGUGGCAGAAUACAAGAAAUUGUGUGAAUAUUGUUGGUGUCUUAUUGAAUAAUGCUCAAGUGAGGACUUUCAAGACUUUAGUUCCCAAUAAUGCUGCAAAAAGCUCCCCUGCACAGCCUGGAUAUGCUAGUGAAGACAGGAUCUUGCAGAUCAAGCAACACCAAAAUGAUUUUGCUAAGCAAUAUCCAUCAGUGACUCUUAUAUUAAACAAAACAAUGACGGAGGAAUCUCGGAAUGCUUUGGAGAAGUGGAAACAGGAGAGGAUUGCUGAAAUGGGACAGGCUGAAUUUGAAAAGUUUUACGAAGCACAAAUGGCGGUUGGCACCAAAUUCCACAGCACCCUAAAGAACUAUUUCACUCAACCCCAAAAUCAAUUGCGGAUUGAGAAAGAAGUAGAAGGAGUGUGGGUGUCAGUUGCCGAUGUUCUCAAGAGCAUAUCGUCUCCAAAGGCUAUAGAAUCAAAUGUAGUACACCCUAUGCUAAAAUAUAGAGGGAUAUUUGAUGCUAUCGCAGAUUAUGAAGACAAGCCAACACUAAUCGAGUGGAAGAAAUCGGACAAACCACGCAAAUCGAUUACACUAACUUACGACAAUCCCGUACAACUGGCAGCAUACUUUGGAGCAGUUUGUAACGAUCUCAACUACAAACAUUUGAAUGUCCGCGACGCAUUGUUGGUGAUAGCAUACACUGACGGUUCCAAGGCAGAUGCAUAUCAUUUAUCUACGGACAAACUCAGAGAACACUGGGCUCAAUGGUUGAUCAGGCUGGAAAAUUAUAUGAAAAAACAUGGCACUAAUUCUGAGAAAAUACUUAAGGGUGGCAAAAGGCUGUUCGAAGAGGAUAUAGCGAAUCUCCAGUAAUUUAUGCGGAGUUCUACAAUUGAAGCGAAAUAAGACUCAGUGAUUUGGAUUGGAAACAACAUGUACCAGGAAGCAGGCCGCUGGUUCCUGUGAAGAGUUAACAAAAACGAACAGAGCUGGAUUAGUUUGGCUGUUCAAUGGCGCCAAAUAUUAAAUUCUGGUAUACUACAGCUGAACAUCAUGUCAAUUAUGACUACACUACAAAUCUAAAUAAGCCGUUGAAUAAUGAUUUUAUUUAUUAUAUUGAUUCUGUCUUCAAUU